AUGCCCAGGCCGAAGUUGCUUAGCAUUGACGCGUUUGCAAAGACAGUUGAAGAUGCUCGGAUCCGAACGACCCUGGGUGGGAUCAUCACUCUUAUAUGUGUGAUUUUGGUGUUGGUACUCAUCAAUAAUGAGUACGCUGAUUACACCACAGUGAUUACACGGCCAGAUUUGGUGGUUGAUCGCGACAUCAAUCGCAAGCUCAAGAUUAAUUUGGAUAUCUCUUUCCCCAACAUUCCUUGUGACUUGUUGCUGCUCGACAUCACUGAUCAAACUGGCGACUCACUGCUUGAUUUGUUGCAACAAGGGUUUCAAAAAUUCCGUCUUACCAAGGACGGUGAAGGAAACAUCAAGGAUGAGAUUAAAGACUCUGAUAGCAACUUUGUCAAUGUGCACUUGGACGUUGAUGAGUUGGCCAAGGGGGGUCAGCAACCGUGUGGAUCUUGCCACGGCGCAUUGCCUCAAGACAAUAAUGAAUACUGUUGCAACUCUUGUGAGGUGGUCAAGGCAGCGUAUGCACUCAAGCAGUGGGCAUUUUAUGACGGGGAGAACAUUGAGCAAUGUGAGAAGGAAGGUUACGUACAACGUCUUAAGGACCGCAUCAAUGGUAACGAAGGAUGUCGCGUGAAGGGUCUGACGGAAAUUCGCCGUGUGAGUGGGGUGAUGGACUUUGGUCCGGGAACCUCUUUUUACUCUCAGCGUCGUCAUGUCCAUGACAUGCUGUUGUACGACAAGUACCCUGAUAAAUUCAACUUUGACCACUUUGUCCACCACCUCUCAUUUGGCGAUGAAGAACAAGCUCACCACUUCGUCGACGAACUGACGCAUCCCUUGGACGACGUUGAGUUCAUCGUUGGCGAGAAGCACCGUAUGGCGGCCUACUACCUUAAGGUCAUUUCCACUCGUAAAGAGUUCAUUGACCCUGAGGAGCCUGCAGUGGAAACAAACCAAUUCAGUGCCGUCACUCACUCUCGUCCUAUUCGUGGUGGCCGUGAUCAAGAUCAUCAACACACGAUGCACGCGUUGGGGGGCACCCCGGGGGUAUUCUUCAAUUUCGACAUCUCGCCGCUCAAGAUAAUCAACCGUGAGCAGUACGCUAAGACUUGGUCGGGCUUUGUGCUUGGUGUGAUCUCGCUGAUUGCGGGGGUUUUGAUCGUCGGUCUGCUUGUUGAUAGACUGGUAUUUGCUGCUGAGAAAGCGAUUCGGGGCAAGAAGAAUUUGUAA